AUGACGAAAGUUGGUGAGGGCCUCAAAUCCGUCGUCCCCGAGCCGGCCGAGUACUACACCACCGUUUUUGUGGAUGGGAAGAUUUGGCUGUUCGGCUUGACCUACAAGGAUCAGAAAACGCACAACUGGGGACACCGCGUGGCUUUCCACGGCGGCCAUGUCGUGGCUUUUGAUGUGAAUUCCGGAACUUGGGAAGGUCCUUAUGAGAUCCCCGAGCUGUCCGACGAGGAAAACCAAGGCGAACUUUUCUUCGUCCGCAACAACGCCCUCCACCUGCUUCUCUACAAGGAAUUCCUCCGAUUCGAGCCAAAAGCCCUUUACACUUGGGACACUGCAUCGAAGAGCUGGCAGGGCAAGACGUUCUCGAUGAGCGGCUCGGCGAUCGCUGAUGGCUGCGAGUGCAACCCAGCUGGAGUGAAGCUGGUUGAUGAUGAACCCUCAGCAGACACCGUCACCUUCUUUGUCAACCACGGCAAGACCCACCUCUACGAAAUUGACCUCAACUCGGGCCACGUCUCGAAGCGAUGCGACCUCAACAAGGAGGAGAUUAUCAACGGAGCCCCGGUACUCGGCUGCAAAAAGGACGACAAGGUCUACUUCUUCUUCGCCGUCCACGGAUGCGUCUAUCGUUGGGAAUCCGGACGUCUACAAGCCCUCCCCUUGAGCGGAAACGGAAAUCCGGAGCCUGUUCAGAUCCAAGGUGAGCCGCCACACUUCGGCUUCACCGGCUCGAGGUUCACCCACUUGCGGCCAAAUGGCGAAUGGGGACACGCGACAGGCGCUCAACAAGUGGGCAUGUGCGACAGCCGAUUCGUCGGUGACGUCCACAACGUGAAAUUCGGCGAGCCGGCCGUUUGGGAGAAGAGCGCCACCACUUUGGAAGAAGCGCACAAGAACAUUGCCUACGAUUACUCCACCGACACGUUGUACACUAUCUCGGACGAGGCCGUUGAGAAGCACUCGUUC